AUGAAAUAAAAAGACUUUAAACCUUUAUAACUUGAAUAAGAAUCUAAGAACUAUUAAUUUGAUUCGCAUUAUGAGAGUUCAAACCUUUUUGCAUCAUUUAGAAUUAAUACAAAUGAAUAUGAUUUGAUUAUGCAAAAUGAUACUAAUUCUAAAGGAAAUACAUAAUGGUUUAAUUUCUCUGUAAAAAUACCCAAAAAAAUGUUGUAGUUACAUUUAACAUUAUAAACUUUGUAAUUUACAUAAUAUCAUAAAGCCUCACAGAUAAAAAAUGAGUCAUUAUUUAAUAAGGGUCAACGACCAGUCAUCUAUUCAAUUAAAUCAAAUAAAAAUAAAGGGAUAUCUUGGAUUAAGGCAGGUAGUAAUGUUGUUUAUUUAAAAAAUAAAUAUAGAAAGAAAAUAGAUCUAUGAAAACUUAUUACACAUUAAGUUUCUCUUGUAAGUUUGAAUAUUCUAAUCAUAAAGUUUAUUUUGCUUAAUGUUAUCCUUACACAUAUACACAUUUGAAUUCAUUUAUUGAUAGAUUCAUUAGAACAAAUAAAGUAAAAUUAAAGACUAUAUAAGUUUUCAACUGUGUCAGAUUUAUGCAAAACAAAAACAAAAUUAAAUUGA